AGGAGGUAGAGGAGGAGGAGGCUGAAGGAAAGAAGAGAAAAACAGCCAACGAGAAGCAGAAUGAGGCAAAGAAACCAAAGGGGCUCGCAGAUGCUGAGAAGGGAGCUAACAAGUGGAAUGCCACCAACCAGCGGGCAAAGUGGCAAAAGUUCGGAAGGUGGCUCAAAAACAAAAAGCGCUGUCCAGCCAAGAUCAUCGCAGCUUGCAAGACGGAGGAGACCCGGAACUCCUUGUUCAACCACUUCGUCGACUCCGACGGUGUGUUUGCUGAGGUGGAGGCCAAAUUCGAGUUGUCUCUUCAGGAGGCCCAAAGGUCAAAG